CUAAAGGGAAGUAACCACGAAGGAAUCACAAACUGCAUUUUUCAUUUUUGCAUUUUGUACAAAAUGCCGUUACCUCCAGCAUUAGCUGCUCGCUUACAAAAGCGUGGACUUUUACAAAAUAAACCCGAAGUAAAACCACCACAGCCUAUAUCUCUUAAUACACCAGGUAAUGAGGAAGUUGAAGAAGUAUUUGCAGAAGAUUAUGAUGAACCUGUGAAAGACGAACCUGUUCUGCCAGAACCUGCUGCUGAGACGAGAGUGAAACCUUCACAAGAAGAUGAGGAGGAUUCUUUAAGAGAAGUCCCAGCCUGUCCAAACAGGUCAAACCCCUAUCAUGAGUGUAGUGACUACUGUAAACAGAGGUGGGGAAUGAAAGUAUGGAACCCAACUGAGGACAUGAUCAGGAAACGAGACAGAAUGUUGAGAAAAUAUCCUCUGCCACCGGAAUGGCAAGAAAUAGCUGAUCCUGAGACAGACAGAUACUAUUACUGGAACACACAGACAGAUCAGGUAUCCUGGUUAUCUCCUAUACAUCCAAGAGCUGUCAUCACAUUAUCAGCAGAAAAACUUCAAGCUGUGUUACGCAAUGAUGGCUAUACAAGAGAAGACAGUGAGAGUGAGGAUAGUGAAGAGGAAGGAAUGGAUGUCUCAGAUAGUGAAAGUUCUUCAUCAUCAUCAUCUGACGAAGAUGAGUAUGACAGACGGCACGAGAAAGGUCGUCUAGCUCAUGAGAGAGCUAGUGAGAGGAACAGAGGGAGGGUCAAACAACAAAGAGAGGAAAUAGAUCCUAUGGACCCCGCCUCAUAUUCAGAUAUUCCAAGGGGUGGCUGGUCAGCUGGUCUGGAACGGUCUGGUGAAGCAAAGACUGGAGUUGAUUCAACAGCAUCAGGUCCAUUAUUCCAACAGAGGCCAUAUCCAAGUCCUGGUGCAGUACUGCGUGCAAACAGAGAUCGAAAAUGAGGAAGGAAUCAUGAUUGUCUUGCUUUUGUGACUUGGAACUGAAACUGACUGUACUGAGCCAUUAUUACUUCUAUGAUCUCAGAUUGAAAUUGACCAUACUUAGCCAUUAGGCUGUAGCAAAUGAAAUAUGGAAACAUUUUUAGCUCACUGAUAAAUAAUGAUUAUAUAAUGAAUGAGUUAUUGUCACCAUUUGAUCGGCGUCGGCUGGUUAAGUUUUAUGUUUAAGUCAGCUUUUCUUACAAACUAUCGAAGCGAUUGCAUUAAAACUUGCAACACUUGUUCACCUUCAAUAGCUGACUCUGUACAGCAAGAAACGUAACUCCAUCCUGCUUUUUGCAAGAAUUAUGGUCCCUUUUGGACUUACAAAAUAUCAGAUUUCUUGGUUAUGUUUUGUGUUUAGGUGUGCUUUUCUCUUAAACUAUCAAAUCUAUUGCUUUUAAACUUGCAACAGUUUUUCACCCUCAAUAGCUGACUCUUUACAGCAAGAAACAUAACUCCAUCCUGCUUUUAUGCAAGACUUACUGCCCCUUUUGGACUUAGAAAAUAUCAGAUUUCUUUGUUAAGUUUUGCAUUAAGGUCAACUUUUCUCCUUAAUGGUCGAAGCUAUUGCUUUAAAACUGACUCUGCACAGCAGGUACUGUAACUCUACAUUGCGUUUGCAAGAAUUAUGACCCCUUUUGGACUUAAAAAUCAUGGGUAGAACAAUAUUUCUAUUAUACAGAGAUAAAAAAUCAGAUGAGCGUCUGCACACGGAAGGCAGUGCUCUUGUUAAACAAACCUUUAUUUACUUCGAGCUACCAUUAGGCAAGAGUGUCUGCUUGAAUUUCUUUUUUCUUUUGUUGAUGUUUCACAUUGCCUUGACAUUUGCAAAAUGAGGGGUCUGCAUGUGUAUUAAAAACAACACAAGUGUUUACAGUGGUCGAAGUUUUCUUAAUUACAACUUGAUGUGAGUCCAGCAGAUACUACUUUAAAACAACAUUUUAAUGAAAAGACAUAGCACAAGAGAGGGAGCAAUUUUAUUUGAAAUACUGUGGACUUAAAUUAGAAAAAUGAUAUAAUGUUUUUAUUGGAAAAUAUUUACAGAUAUUUGUUUCCAGUGACUUCAUCAACAUUAAUAAUUAUCUGUAUCAUCACAAUCAUCAUCAUCAUCAUCACAUAUUGUCACCAUCAUUACCAUAUUCAUCUUUAUCAUUUAUAGUAAAAUGUUUUGAAAAUGA